AGAAGACUAGUCUGUACCCAAAUGUAAUUAUGAGAGGAACAAAAUUAAUAUUGAUGGAGGUAGGAAAUGUAAAAUUUCUGGAUUCUCUCAAUUAUUUUCCUAUGCCUCUAACUGCUCUACCCAAGGCGUUUGAUUUGAAAGAGCUAAAGAAAGGAUACUUUCCACAUCUAUUCAACACUUUGGCUCAUCAGAAUUAUCUAGGGCCAAUUCCAGCGCUCGACUUCUACGAUCCCGACCAUUUAAAAGAAGACACUCGGGAAAAAUUAUUAAAAUGGCAUGGCGAAAGAGAAGCGGAGGGAUACGUUUUUGAUUUUCAGAAAGAAAUCGUUGAAUACUGUAUCUCCGAUGUGGAAAUAUUGACACAGGCGUGUCUCAAAUUUCGAGACCUGAUGAAAACCGAAACCACAGUCGAUCCCUUCCAGGAAAGCACCACUAUUGCAUCAUGCUGUAACAAAGUCUUUAGACGCAAUUUUUUAAAACCUGAGACGAUCGGGAUUCUACCGAACCAGAACUUAUAUCACCCCGUUUUACCGUCAAAAAUGAACAACAAAUUGAUGUUUGUUAACUGUCAAAAAUGUGGUGAAGAUUUCGUUCGAGAAGAGUGUCAGCAUUCUAUUCAAGAAAGAAGCCUAAAAGGAACUUGGGUGAUAGAAGAGGUGCUCAAAGCUAUUGAAAAAGGUUACCAGAUUAUAGAGACUUACGAAAUAUGGGAAUACGAUACAAUUCAGCUCAGUAAAGACCAAGAGGGGUUAUUUAGCGGAAUGAUGAACAAGUUUCUACAAAUAAAACAACAAGCUUCAGGAUGGCCCAAACAUUGCUUAACGGAUGAAGAAAAAAACCGUUAUAUUGAUGCAUUUUUGGAUACAGAGGACAUAAAGCUGGAAUUUUCAAAAAUUAUAGAGAACCCCUGUUUGAGAUCGUUAGCUAAACUUAUGCUGAAUUCUUUUUGGGGUAAAUUUGCUCAAAAAGAAAACCAAAACAAAACCUCAAUAGUCAGAGACUGUGGUGAAUUCUUUGAUAUGCUGACUAAUCCUUCUAUUCAUGUAAAUACAGUUCUCCCGGUAAACGAAGAAACCCUUCUCGUAACUUGGGAAUUUAGAGAAGAGGCGUAUGACGUUUCUUCAACGGUUAACGUUGUAUUGGCUUCAUACGUCACGGCCCUAGCUAGACUAAAAUUAUAUUCAUUCUUGGAGAAAGUGGAAGAAAGGGCAGUUUACGUAGAUACAGAUUCAUGUAUUUAUAUCUCUCGUAAGGGAUUAGACGACAUAUCUACAGGCGACUUCAUAGGUGAUAUGACCGAUGAGCUCAAUGGGGGUUUCAUAUCAGAGUUUGUUUCUGGAGGACCUAAGAACUACGCCUACAAAUAUACUACUUUGUCUGGAGAGGAACAGAUCGUAUGUAAAAUUCUACCGAACCAGAACUUAUAUCACCCCGUUUUACCGUCAAAAAUGAACAACAAAUUGAUGUUUGUUAACUGUCAAAAAUGUGGUGAAGAUUUCGUUCGAGAAGAGUGUCAGCAUUCUAUUCAAGAAAGAAGCCUAAAAGGAACUUGGGUGAUAGAAGAGGUGCUCAAAGCUAUUGAAAAAGGUUACCAGAUUAUAGAGACUUACGAAAUAUGGGAAUACGAUACAAUUCAGCUCAGUAAAGACCAAGAGGGGUUAUUUAGCGGAAUGAUGAACAAGUUUCUACAAAUAAAACAACAAGCUUCAGGAUGGCCCAAACAUUGCUUAACGGAUGAAGAAAAAAACCGUUAUAUUGAUGCAUUUUUGGAUACAGAGGACAUAAAGCUGGAAUUUUCAAAAAUUAUAGAGAACCCCUGUUUGAGAUCGUUAGCUAAACUUAUGCUGAAUUCUUUUUGGGGUAAAUUUGCUCAAAAAGAAAACCAAAACAAAACCUCAAUAGUCAGAGACUGUGGUGAAUUCUUUGAUAUGCUGACUAAUCCUUCUAUUCAUGUAAAUACAGUUCUCCCGGUAAACGAAGAAACCCUUCUCGUAACUUGGGAAUUUAGAGAAGAGGCGUAUGACGUUUCUUCAACGGUUAACGUUGUAUUGGCUUCAUACGUCACGGCCCUAGCUAGACUAAAAUUAUAUUCAUUCUUGGAGAAAGUGGAAGAAAGGGCAGUUUACGUAGAUACAGAUUCAUGUAUUUAUAUCUCUCGUAAGGGAUUAGACGACAUAUCUACAGGCGACUUCAUAGGUGAUAUGACCGAUGAGCUCAAUGGGGGUUUCAUAUCAGAGUUUGUUUCUGGAGGACCUAAGAACUACGCCUACAAAUAUACUACUUUGUCUGGAGAGGAACAGAUCGUAUGUAAAGUUUUUAGCAACAGUCAAAAAAGGUACAAAAUACGAGUGACGCGGUUUUGUAACAAAACGUUCGUUUCUCAUAGAGGCGCCUACAUAGCACAUGGAAGGACAUUCUUGGAAGAAUACUCGUAUAUCACGGACGGACAUUUCUAUGGUUUAUCAUGUGUAGAUGCUCAAGCAAAAGUCCGAGAAAAUGAUGGGACAAGGGAGCGGAAAAUACUUAUUACAAAAGCUGCAGAGGCGGCGAGCCAUUUCAGUGCAAACAGAUGCGAGAGAAGCAAAAAAAUCAACACGGCCGCGGCGAAAAAGGUUACAAUGAGUAAGUGCAUGGAUGCACGGACUGCAGCAGAGGACAAAAGACUGUCGCAGAAGACAGCUUCGUGCCUCGAAAUAAAAAAAUUGCAGCAUGGUGAGACGUUAAAAGCACCAAGAGAGAGAAGUGAUGGAAAGGGAGAAAAUUUCAACGAGCUACUCCAAAGACUAUAA